CCGACCUGCAAGCGAGCGAGCGGGCGCCAUGGCGGCUUCCCCUCCGUCGGAGUCGCGCAGCUCGGACGGGCCGAGCAGCUGCGUGCUGUGCUGCGGCGACCUGGAGGUGGUGGCGCUGGGCCGCUGCGAGCACCCCAUCUGCUACCGCUGCUCCGUGCGGAUGCGGGCGCUGUGCGGGGUGCGGUACUGCGCCGUCUGCCGGGAGGAGCUCGCCCAGGUGGUCUUUGGGAGGAAGUUGACAUCCUUUUCUACAAUAGCACUCAGCCAGUUACAGCAUGAGAAGAAAUAUGACAUCUAUUUUACUGAUGGAAAAGUUUAUGCUCUCUAUAGGAAACUCUUGCAGCACGAAUGCCCGCUCUGCCUGGAGGCCCGGCCCUUUGCCACCAUUGUGGACCUGGAGCAGCACAUGAGGAAGCAGCAUGAGCUCUUCUGCUGCAAACUCUGCGUCAAACAUCUCAAGAUCUUCACGUAUGAGCGCAAAUGGUAUUCACGUAAGGAUCUUGCCCGGCACAGAAUCCAUGGGGAUCCUGAUGACACCUCUCACCGCGGCCAUCCCCUGUGCAAAUUUUGUGACGAGCGAUACCUGGAUAAUGAUGAGUUACUGAAACAUCUGAGAAGAGACCACUAUUUCUGCCACUUUUGCGAUUCUGACGGAGCACAGGAAUACUAUAGCGAUUAUGAGUACCUCCGGGAACACUUCCGUGAGAAGCACUUCCUCUGUGAAGAAGGCCGGUGCAGCACUGAGCAGUUCACUCACGCGUUCCGCACUGAAAUAGACUACAAAGCACACAAGACGGCUUGUCACAGCAAAAACCGGGCGGAGGCGAGGCAGAACCGACAGAUUGACCUUCAGUUCAACUAUGCACCAAGGCAUCAGCGGAGAAACGAGGGUGUGGUGAGUGGCGAAGACUAUGAAGAGGUUGACAGGUAUCACAGGCAGGCGAGAGGAGGCAGGUCUGGUGUACGAGGAGGCCAACAGAACCGAAGAGGCAGCUGGAGGUACAAGAGGGAAGAAGAAGACCGAGACAUCGCUGCAGCAGUCAGGGCGUCGAUCGCUGCCAAAAGGCAAGAAGAGAAGAAGCGGGGGGAGGACAAAGAGGACGGCAGCCGGGCAAAGAAAGAGGAUGUGAAGGACCCGGACUUGAAUAUCAGUAAGCGCGGACCAAAGCCUCCAGGCGAAGCACCAGUUCCCAAGGAAGCUGUUCCAAAGGCGGCUCUGAGCCAAGAUGACUUCCCUGCCAUCGGCUCGCCAGCGGUCAGCUCUGCGCCGAGCUUGUCCCAGCCGGCAUCGGUGAAACUCGACGAAGAGGACUUCCCAAGCCUCUCCUCUGCUCCCCCCGUGGUCUCUUCUGCGAUGUCCUUGGCCUACACGGCCACGGCAAAGAGGGCAGGCUUUCAGGAGGAGGACUUCCCUGCCUUGGUGUCCAGAGUCCGGCCAAACAGUAAGACGGUGUCCACCCUCACCUCUGCGUGGAGCUACGGCUCCAGUACAAACAUGGUCCGAGCCAUUGCAGCCAGUGCCGGCCAGCCAGCCAGGAAAGCCGCCCCUGCCGCCAGCAGCAGCAGCAGCAGCAGCAGCAGCAAAGGGAGCCAAAAGAACAAGGCUGCGCUGCCCAGUGGCGAGCAGGAGGGCAGUGGCGGUAGCGGCGGCGGCGGCGGCCUGCCCUCCCAGGAGAUCCGCAGCACUCCAACGAUGGCCGACGUGUCCUCUCUGCUGGCAGCCUCGAACUCUCAGGCUUUCAUUAAGGUGGGCAAGAAGAAGAAAGUCGGAGCCGAGAAAGCAAGAGCGGUGUCCCCGCCCCUGUUGCAGGAGAUCUGCCCCCCUGUUCCUCCGGUAGAGAAGGCGCCGGACGUGGAGUACUCCUCCUCAAACUUCCCUGCCAGCUCCGUGGUUCCGGAUAGGGCGGCAGCCGUUGUGAACGGUCACUCGGAAAAAUCCGUCGCUGCAUGUCAUGCUUCCAAAGAGCCCCCUGGCCUGAAGAAGCCACCAGGGGCCGGCCAGCCCUCCCUGUUGCCGCAGGAAGACUUCCCUGCCCUGGGAAACUCUGGGCCGCCGCGAAUGCCUCCACCCCCAGGCUUCAAUUCUGUGGUGCUGCUUAAUAGCCCCGCUCCACCUCCAGGGCUGUCGGUGCCUCUGAGCAAACCGCCCCCUGGCUUCACUCCUAUUCCACCCACCGGUGGCUCUGAACCCGCUCCUGCUCCGCCUGUGAAAGAGCCCAAACCUUAUCAGGGACCCUACUUGAUACUAGACAAUUUCCAGCAGCGGAACAUCCAGCUAAUUCAGUCAAUCAAGGAAUUUCUUCAAGAGGACGAAUCCCAAUUCAACAAAUUCAAGACGUACUCGGGGCAGUUCAGGCAGGGUCUGAUUUCCGCGGCUCAGUAUUACAAGUGUUGCCAGGAGCUCCUGGGGGAGAACUUCAAGAAGAUCUUCAACGAGCUGCUUGUGCUGUUGCCAGACACAGCCAAGCAGCAGGAACUGCUUGCCGCUCACCAUGACUUGAAGGCCAAGUCGGAUUCCUCCUCUUCCUCCGCUGGCAAAUCCAAGAAGAACCGGAAGAUCGUCUGGCAGACGGAGCUGGGUUCUGACCUCGACUGCUGCGUCUGCCCCAUGUGCCAGCAAGUGCUGACGCAGCAGGACCUCGUCUCCCACAAAGCCCUGCAUCUGGAGGAGGAUGAAUUCCCAUCCUUGCAGGCCAUUAGCCGCAUCAUCAGCUAGCUAGCUGUUCCAGGUGACCAAUAAAGCCAGUCCCCACCUUACAA